AUGGGGAGUGAAUGUUCUUCGGUUGUUGCAGAGGAAUUGCAUGUUCUUGCUGUUGAUGAUUGCCUUGUUGAUCGGAAGGUCAUUGAGCGGUUAUUGAAGAUUUCGAGCUGCAAAGUUACUGCUGUGGAAAGUGGGACGAGGGCUCUGCAGUAUCUGGGAUUGGAUGGAGAGAAAAGCUCUGUUGGAUUUGAUGGAUUGAAGGUGAAUCUGAUAAUGACAGACUAUUCAAUGCCCGGGAUGACAGGAUAUGAACUUCUCAAAAAGAUAAAGAGCUCAUCGAACUUACGGGAAAUACCUGUGGUGAUUAUGUCGUCCGAGAAAGUUUUGGCUCGUAUUGAUAGGUGUUUGGAGGAAGGGGCUGAAGAAUUCCUUGUAAAGCCAGUAAAGCUCUCAGACGUGAAGCGUUUGAGAGACAUCAUAUUACGAGGGGACGAGAACGAUGAAAAGAAAGGAUCCCGAAAGAGAAAACUGCAAGAUUUGUCACCAACAUCCUCUCUUGCUCGUGAUCUCACUCCAUUAAAACCUGCGUCAGCAGCAUCAAAACAGUCUCGUCUGAAGCGUCCAAGACUAAAGAAUACGGAUUAA